UUUACCAACAACCAAUCACUCGAAAAUUCCCUACAAAACUUCUCUUUCUUUCUCUACCUCAAGCCAUUUUCAUACAAUUAAUCUUUAUAUAAGCUUUAGUUGAGUUGAUUUAGUUGCUCUAAGGAAUGGAAAUGGAUAUGUUUCCCUUUAAUCUUCACUUAAAUGGCUCCACCAUGAAGAAAGAUUACCAGACAAACGAGUCUUCAACAACACAAACACCUUAUCAUCAACAGAAUGAAGAUCAAGAAGAUGAAUCUCUCAACUUUCGAAACCUCUCUAAAGUUAUUCUUCCUCCUUUAGGCGUUUCGAGCUUCAACCAGAAACAGACUCACUCCAAAUGGAUUGUCGUGCCUAUGGAUUCACGAUACCGGUGGUGGGAGUCAUUUAUGGUGGUUUUGGUGGCAUAUUCAGCUUGGGUUUAUCCCUUUGAAGUAGCAUUUCUAAGCUCUUCACCAUACAAGAAACUGUACAUUGCAGACAACAUUGUUGAUCUAUUUUUCGCCAUUGAUAUCGUCUUGACAUUUUUCGUUGCUUAUAUUGAUCAAAGAACUCAGCUCCUCGUUCGUGACCCUAAGAAAAUUGCGCUGAGGUACCUUUCAACAUGGUUCAUAAUGGAUGUGGCAUCAACCAUUCCAUUUGAAGCACUAGCCUACUUGUUCACCGGAAAAGAAAAGGUGGGUCUCACUUACUCCCUCCUGGGAAUCCUCCGGUUCUGGCGACUCCGGCGGGUCAAGCAAUUCUUCACCAGGCUCGAGAAGGACAUCAGGUUCAGUUAUUUUUGGGUCCGAUGCGCGAGGCUUCUUUCUGUGACACUACUUCUAGUGCAUUGUGCGGGGUGCCUCUACUAUUUGCUAGCUGAUAGAUAUCCACAUCGAGGAAAGACAUGGAUAGAGGCAUGGAACCCUAAUUACAGAGAAACAAGUCUCUGGAUCAGAUACAUUUCAGCAUUAUAUUGGUCCAUCACUACCAUGACCACAGUUGGUUAUGGUGAUCUCCAUGCUGUCAACACUGUUGAAAUGAUCUUCAGCAUCUUCUACAUGCUCUUCAACCUUGGCCUAACUGCUUACUUAAUCGGUAACAUGACAAAUCUAGUCGUCGAAGGAACUCGCCGCACAAUGGAAUUUAGGAAUAGUAUUGAAGCAGCAUCGAAUUUCGUGUCGAGAAAUCGGUUGCCUCCAAGGCUGAAGAGUCAGAUAUUGGCUUAUAUGUGUUUAAGGUUCAAGGCUGAGAAGUUGAAUCAAUAUCAAUUAAUUGAACAACUACCAAAAUCAAUAUGCAAAAGCAUUUGCCAGCAUCUGUUUUUGCCUACCGUGGGGAAGGUCUAUCUUUUCAAGGAUGUUUCCAGGGAAACAGUCCUCCUCCUGGUUGCGAAGAUGAAAGCGGAGUACAUUCCGCCAAGAGAAGAUGUGAUAAUGCAAAAUGAAGCACCGGAUGAUGUUUAUAUAAUUGUUUCAGGAGAAGUUGAGCUAAUUGAUUGUGACAUGGAGAAGGAGAUUAUUGUUGGGACCCUUCAAACGGGUGACAUGUUUGGGGAAGUUGGGGCACUUUGUUGCAGGCCCCAAAAUUUUACUUAUAGAACAAAGACACUUUCUCAACUUUUGGGGCUGAAAACCAAUGCAUUGAUUGAAGCAAUGCAGAGCAAACAAGAAGACAAUGUUGCCAUUCUUAAAAACCUUCUGCAGCAUCACAAGAAGCUGAAGGAUUUGAAUAUAGGGGAGUUAGUGGUGGAGGGAGGUGGAGAAGAAGAUGGAGAUCCAAACAUGUCAUUCAAUCUGCUAACAGUUGCUAGUACAGGAAAUGCGGCUUUUCUUGAUGAGCUUCUCAAGGCAAGAUUGGAUCCUGACAUUGGAGAUUCGAAAGGAAGAACUCCUUUGCACAUAGCAGCAUCCAAAGGGCAUGAAGAGUGUGUACUAGUUCUCCUGAAGCAUGCAUGCAAUAUACACUUGCGAGAUAUAAAUGGAAACACUGCAUUGUGGGAGGCUGUAUCAUCAAAGCACCAUUCCAUAUUCCGGAUUCUCUACCAGUGUGCUGCAAUUUCCGACCCCUACACUGCAGGUGACCUCUUAUGCACAGCUGCAAAACGCAACGAUCACACAGUGAUGAAGGAACUCUUGAAAUCUGGACUGAACAUUGAUUCAAAGGACCACCAUGGCUUUACUGCAAUACAAGUUGCCAUGGCUGAAAAUCAUGUGGACAUGGUGAACUUGUUAGUGAUGAACGGCGCAGAUGUUGUGGAUGCAAACGCUUACGAAUUUUCCUCCACAAGAUUGAACGAGAUGCUCCAGAAACGAGAGAUUGGACAUCAGAUUACGGUGCAUGAUUAUACAACAAAUGAAGCGAUUUUAAAGAAAAUUGUUGAAAAAAAUGAGGGUCGAAAAUCAAAGGGAGUAAAUCAUGAAAGAGUAAGGAUAUAUAGAGGACAUCCUAUGGUGAGAAAAGAGAAUUGUUGCCAUGAAUCUGGAAGGUUAAUUAAGUUGCCGAAUUCACUUGAGGAGCUUAAAAAUAUUGCUGGUGAAAAGUUUGGGUUCGAUGCAAGUAAUGCAACGGUGACAGAUGAAGAAGGAGCCGAAAUCGAUUCAAUUGAAGUGAUUAGGGAUAAUGACAAGCUUUUUAUAGUUGAAGAUUCAAAUACCUCAAGGUAAUCUAUCGAAAUUGUUUUAAAAUUAAAUCCUUAGAAGAAGAAAUUGAUUCCAUUGAAGUGAUUUGAGGUAAUUAUAAACCAUACAUAGUUGAAGCUCUCCUGUAGUAUAGUCUACAAAAAUUAAACCCAAAUAAUACCCAAUGGAAAUCAUUUUAUCAAUCUUUCUUGGUUGAAUACAGAAGUAUUUUCUAG